CUCAAAAUAUACCAGUUUCACUGCCGGUUCAAAAUAUUGCUCCACAACCAGUUCAACAACCAGUUCAACAACCAAUUCAACAACCAAUUCAACAACCAGUUCAACAACCAAUUCAACAACCAAUUCAACCAACAUAUUUUAAAGUUGAUCCUAAAGCUUAUGUAGAGGAUACAUAUGGUCAAGGCAUAUGGGCUUUAGAUAAAAGAGCACAAGAUACAUAUAACACAACCAGAGAUAUUAUAAAUCGAGGUAAUGAUAUUAUGCGCUAUAAUCAGCCCUAUGAAAAAUAA